AAGUCGUCAUUCGAAUGCGACGUGGCGCAAAAGAACUACAAAACAAGCUGUCAUGUCUAUGACACUUAGUUAUCUUUGAAUACUUACCGAUGUGUUUUACUAUGACAAUAGCCGUCGUUGGCUGUACAAUAUUUUGUUUGAAAAGUGUGACUUGUCAGUACAUGUAGGUAUGAUUCUCCGAACUCUCUUCUGCCGACUGAGAAUUCAUCAGCCUUUGGUGAGGACAGCUGUGUCAUCCCAUUCUGGUGUGACAGAUCCAGUCCAGCAACACAAGUAUGAGACACAAACAAAAACAUUUUCAGCCUUGAACAGCUCAGUAUCUUUUCCUAGAAUGGCUUGUGACCAAUGCUGGACAUUAGGACAAGCUGUGCAACAUAAUUUGCGCAAGCCACAGUGUUUCAACACAAGGACGUCUUCAGCUGUCUCAAGUGAUCUCACCCAGUACCGGAGUGUACAGAUGCGUUUCUACUCGACACUGCCUAUCAAAACUGUGUUUAAGCCAGCUUUCAAAUCUGUGCCUCUUCCUGGAAAGAGAAUACCUAAAGGGCCGAGAACCAAGCAACCUUCCAGAGCUAACCAACCUGUCCAGGAGGACACGGAUGUGAUGCAGUGUAUUGCCUAUGCUACUGCAGACCAAUAUCAUUUGCCUACUCUCUGCCAUGAUCUCAUAGCCCAUGGCUUCUAUGAAGUAGAUUUGCCAAGAGAUGCCUCAAAUGUAUUGGUAAUAUGCACAGACAAUGUUUCAAAACCAGGAGACAAUGCACUAAUGUUUUUCUUCAGGGAAGGCUCAGUUGUGUUCUGGAAUGUUGAAGAAAAAACGAUGAAAAAAGCAAUGAGAAUUCUAGAACAGCAUGAGAUCCAGCCCUAUGAGGUGGCUUUGAUCCACUGGGAAAAUGAAGAGAUAAACUAUCAAAUUGGAGAAGGAAACUCCAAGCUUCACCACGGUAACUUCCUUCUGAACAGUGAGAUGGAGCAAGACCAAGCAGUGUUGGAGAAGUUUGCAUUCUCCAACGCUCUCUCCCUGUCAGUGAAGUUGGCGAUUUGGGAAGUGUCUUUAGACAGCUUUGUAGACUCCAUACAGUCAAUCCCAGAGAUGCUGAAAUCUGGUCAAAGUGUUAAGCUGUCCAGGGGAGAUGUGUUGCAGAAAAUCGGGGAGCUCUUUUCUCUGAGACACUGUAUAAACCUGAGUUCUGACCUGCUCAUGACGCCUGACUUCUACUGGGACAGAGAGGAGUUGGAGCAGCUGUAUGACAAGACCUGUCAGUUCCUCAGCAUCAACCGCCGCGUCAAGGUGGUGAACGAGAAGCUGCAGCACUGCACGGAGCUGACAGACCUGAUGAGGAACCACCUGAGUGAGAAGCACAGCUUGAGGCUGGAGUGGAUGAUCGUCAUACUCAUCACGAUUGAGGUGAUGUUCGAACUCGCCAGAGUCAUCUUCUGAGGAGGUACGAUGACGGUGGCAAUAGUUCACCUGGAUGUAAGACUGGAAGUAAAAUAUGUACGAAGAACAAACACAAGAAAGCAUUGCUGGAUAAGAAACUAGUUUUGUAACAUUUUGGAUCAUAAUGAGAAAUUUGAGACAUAUUUCUGAUUUUACUGUACACUGACAAAAGAAAAUAGCUAAUUGGAUUUAGCUAAUUUCACUCCAUACCAAUACCUAUUUUAAAUUAUUAUAUAGAUAAAUCUGUUUCAGUGUACAUUUGUGUGACAGAGUGUAAUGUUGAACACUGUUGGUGUGUGUGUUUUGGAGUGUUUGUUUUGUAUUGACUGUAUUUCUAUGCGGAAAUGACCAUUUAUUUGUCUGGUAAAAUAAGUCAUAAUAAAAACAGAUUUGAUAAUC